UGGCAUUUCAAGAAGAUGAUUGGGAAGUGGAUAUAAAUUUGGGUUCAGAUCAUAAUGUAUUUCAGCGAAAAGGCAUUUUUAACUAUGAGCCAGAUAAAGAACUCGCAUUAGCUUGUGAAAGAUAUCAAUACCCAACUCCAUAUUUUGAUGAAGAUGAUGAUAUUGACUCAAGUGUAGCUAGCAGUAGUAUAAUUUCAAGUCGAUAUUCUGAAUUAUCACUCCAUAAUCUAGACGAUUUUAUGUAUGAUGAAUCUCCUGUAGAGACAAUCAUACCAAACAAUCAAAAUCUACCUGGUAUGAUUAAAAGACUUGGCUGUAAAAAACAAGCACAAGACAAUGAUGAUUGGAAUGAUGAUAUUGAAAUACCCACUCGUGUCUCAUUUGUGUCUCCCAAGAAAAUAUAUGAUCAAAUCAAUUUUGAUGACGAUGAUGAUGAUGAUAUUGGACCUUCAGUAAGUCAAAGAGGAAGUCAAGUUCAACCUAGUUUUACAUACCAAGAAGAACAAGAAGAACAAGAUGAGAUGUCAGGCUUAGAUUUCCCUGAAAACUUGUCUGGUUUAUCUAGAAAACUAGACGAAAAGAAAAGAUUGAAUCCUGAAAGACCUUGUUUUAUUCCUAAAGCCAAUGUUGAAAAACCUAAAUUCUUUGCUAAAAUACAACGAGAAAAUGAUGAUGAUGAUUUUUGUGAUGGUCUUGAUAUCAAAGACAAAGUAUUCAAGACCAGUGCUUAUCCAUCCAAAUUGCCUACAUUGCAAUCACGCUCAACACCGCCCGGUUCGACACCGAAAGGGAAAGUGGCGACAGGUAAUUUUGUAAGCCGCUUGGCAAGACCUACAACCUUCAACAAAUCGUCUACGGAUACAACUAAGAAACCUCUUUUGCAACAGAGACAAAUGCCUACGAUUCGACGUAAUUACCUGGCAAACACACACGCAACCAUGCAUAGGGAAGCAGAAACGACAGCCAAACGCACACCUCAAUUCUACAAGCAACAGAAACCUACUGCAACAAGGCAAACUCAACCAUUGGGCAUGCAUCCAUCCGUAUCAAGAAAUUCAGAGACAACAACCUUCGAAAGAAAAAGCGCAAAUAACUAUACCUUGAUCACAAAACCCAAGACAAAAGUAGCUACUGGUUAUUGUUCACAACUGGACAAUUUAGAUAAUCUGAACGAUUUGCGUUCAUCCAUACCAGCCAGAAAAAUAGGGUUUCGAUAUACCAGACCUGAUACAAAGGCUGAACCUGAACGUCCUUGGCGAAGACAUACACAGUCGAGUAAAGUCAAAUUGAUUCAACCCAAUGAACAAAACUUAAAGAAAGAAUACAACGAUAUGAAAUAUGAUGAUAGAACCCAUAGCUGGAAAGGAAAUGAAUCAAGCCUGAUUGAAUUUCAAGAAAAAAGGCGUCCAAGACUGAUGUUGAUGACAAACAAACAACAAAAGCCUAGUAAAUAUGCUGCUGCUGUAGGCAAUCAUAUGAUAUUUCAUGCUGAAUCACAAAAAUGGGUCUCUGCUUUUGGCAUAUCAGAAGAGUGCAAUGAGUUGGAUCAAAUUGAAGACCUGAAUGAAGAAAUGCGUCAAAUACCUCAGCGUACAACACAGUGUGCCAAUAACAUGCUUGAAUUCAAACUGUCUGUGGAAACCAAACGACAAAUGAUGUAUGAACAAGAACAACACGAAGCUUGGAUUAAACAUUGGCCAUUGAAAUCAGAAGAAGCUCAAAUAACAACAUGCUCAGGACAGCUUGUUGGUGCCUCAAAGUAUUGUUUAUUUCGACCAUUUGAAUAAAAUGUGC